AUUAAUUGAAAAUUUGGAGAGAGAGAGAGAGAGAGAGAAGGGUUUUCUGUGCGCGAAGUUGCGAGAUAGAGAGGGCUUAGAUUAUCUUCUCCUUUCAGCUGAUUCCGCGACAGAGCCGAGCGAGCGAGCCAGAGAGAGAGGGGAGGCAAUCGGGUUGCGUAGAUCUGAAUUGUAGAGAGAGAAAGUGUGUGUGUGUGCGCGUUAAGAGAGAGAGGGAGAGAGAGAUAGAGAGCAUGAGUAGCAGAGGCGGCAACAAUGGCGGCGCUUUACAAUCAAUCCCGCCGUCGUCGAGGAAGAUGGUGCAGAGCUUGAAGGAGAUUGUCAACUGUCCCGAGCCCGAGAUCUACGCCAUGCUCAAGGAUUGUAAUAUGGACCCCAACGAGGCCGUUAAUCGCCUUCUCCUUCAAGAUCCUUUUCAUGAGGUGAAGAGCAAACGAGAAAAGAGAAAAGAGACUAAGGAUACCACAGAAUCCAGGUCACGUGGUGUUAGUGGCACUUCUAGUCGUGGCAGUAGGGGUGGCACUGAUCGUUAUGUUGGACGUGGUGGCUCAACAUACUUCAGCUCUUCUGAAACUGGGGCUAUACAUGGGAAACCUGCAUACAAGAAGGAAAAUGGAGCAAAUAAUUACUCAAGCCCCUCCUUUCCACCAUCUGAAGUUGCAGGAAAUAAUAUGAAUCGGCGACCUGCAUCCUACAGUGAUCCUUUUACCACUGAAAAUAAAACGGUGACCAUAGGCACAGUUGAUGGUAACUUGUCAUUGUCACAUACUUCUUCUGGGUAUCAUCAACCUGCCUGGACAGGAGUCCCUGGUCAAGUAUCAAUGGCUGACAUUGUUAAGAUGGGUAGGCCACAUGGCAAGCCUUCCGGCACAGCUAAUCAAUCUCAAUAUGGUGUCAGUCAUCACCAAGUUCAGGCAUCUCAAACUAAUGCAUUAUGUCACAAUUUGCACUCAUCUGAGGAUUAUCUAUCUGAGGUGCCAGAGUUAAACCAUGAACCAGGAGUUGGUACGGGCCAGCAUGAUUCUUGGAAUGACGAAUGGCCCUUGGUUGAGCAGCCAACAGCUCCUAUUGUGCCUCCUGUUUUGGAGCCACCGAAGGCUUCUGAACCGCUUACAGAUGCAUCUCACUUGUCCUCUGAAAGAGCUAAUCACUAUUCACAGACUCUGAAAGAUGAGGCCAGGACAGUUGAAGAUGCUGAUAGUCAAAUUGUUAAUGCAACCCAACUUGGAUCUGGUUCUGUUUCCAGUAGUAAGGUACCUGAGGUCAAUACUGGGGGUGCAGCAGGUGCUUCCCUUUUCAAUAGUGACAUUCAUAACAAUAUAAGUCCCUACCAGCCUCAUGAAAAUGCUGCUGAACACCAGGAAGUUGAAGGUAUUGAUGUCUCAGGGUCGUCAGUGACAUCAAACUUGCAGCAACUAAGUGUACAGGAGGAUCAAGAACCAUCACCUGAAGAAGAAGGCCCUUCAGUAAUUAUUCCUAAUCACCUGCAAGUCCAAAGUGCAGACUGCUCCCAUUUGAGCUUUGGUAGUUUUGGUUCAGGUUUCAGUACUGGGCCAUUUUCAUCUAGACCUUUACAAAGUAACCAGCAAGAGACAUCUAUAGAUGCAGAUGUUCCAUCAGUUGGGCACUCGGACACGAGAAAUCCUGAGUACUAUGAGGAUGAGCCUGUUGGUACUGCCUCAGAUGGAAAUUUAGUUCAAAGAAGUGGCACGAGUGCUGGGGGUUAUGAAACACCUUCUACUUCACAACCCGAAGUGUUAAAACCUGAAAAUGCUGAAGCACCACAUGAAAGUCAAUAUACGUUUCCCUCCUCUUCAUCCAAUUAUAACUUUGAAAAUGGCCAACAGUUCAAUCCUGCACUUCCUCAUUCCCAGUCGAGUUCUCAGAUGCAGAAUCUUGCACCAUUCUCAAAUCAGGCUUAUGCGAACUCAUUACCAAGCUCUUUAUUGGCUGCGAGUGUUCAACCUGUAAGAGAGUCUGAUCUUCCGUACUCACCCUUUCCCAUGUCUCAAUCAACGUCCACAAAGUAUGGGAACACAUUACCUUCCCUCAGCAGUUCCAUUUCUAUGCCAGAGGCUUUGAAGGCAGUUGGCUUUUCAUCUACGCUGCCCACUGCACAGACUCUGCCUGGAAGUAGCAUUGCCACUGGACCUGCUCUUCCUCAACAUCUUGCAGUGCACCCAUAUUCUCAACCUACUCUUCCUUUGGGGCCUUUUGCUAACAUGAUUGGUUAUCCGUUUUUGCCCCAGAGCUAUACAUAUAUGCCAUCUGCUUUCCAGCAAGCUUUUGCUGGUAACAACACGUACCAUCAAUCUCUUGCGGCAGUGCUUCCACAGUAUAAAAAUAGUGUCUCAGUUACCAGCCUGCCCCAGUCUGCUGCUAUUGCUUCUGGGUAUGGUGGCUUUGGAAGUUCAACCAGUGUUCCAGGCAACUUCCCCAUGAACCCCUCUGCUGCCCCUGGGGCCACAACCCUAGGUUAUGAUGACGUUUUAAGCUCUCAGUACAAGGACAGCAAUCAUUUGCUAUCUCUUCAGCAGAGUGAGAACUCGGCUGCGUGGGUUCAUGGACCCGGCCCCAGAACGAUGUCAGGUGUCCAAGCCAGCACAUAUUACGGCUUACAGGGACAGAAUCAACAGGCUUCUGGUUAUCGACAAAGUCAGCAGCCAUCACAGAACUAUGGAGCUCUGGGGAACCCCAACUUCUACCAUUCUCAUUCCGGGAUCUCUCUGGAACAUCAGCAGCAAAAUGCUAGAGAUGGGUCCCUUGUUGGCUCCCAAGGCCAGCCUUCUAAGCAGUCCCAACAGCUAUGGCAAAACAGCUACUAAUCUCAUCACCUCUUGGUUUUUCAGGGUCUUGUAUCGAGUUUGAAAGUGGCCAAUCAAGGCAUUCCCAUCCCACGGAGGAAGAAAAUAAGAAGUUACAAUCUUCUCAAGAGAACUUGACCGGCUGCUGCCCUAUGCCUUGAGGUUGUAUUUUAGAUAUUUAUUAUUGCUGGGUAAUGUAACUUAGAGGAACACGCGUGCUAAUUUGGACUUUUAGUGAACUACUUUUUCUUGUUUUGUUUUUUCAAUUUUCGUUUUUCCUUCUUUAAACUACGUUCAUGUAGUAGUGUGAAGCCGUGAGUUUCAUAUGCUUUCCAUAUUUCUAUUAGUUGCCUAACCAUUUAUCUUCUCUGUUCCCGGCACUUCUUAUUAACUGAUCACAUUAAUUCAAUAGCCCUUCUGUAUC